GAUCAGGUGAUGCCUCUCUUUCCAUCUCAUUCAAAGAUGGAUUAUUCUAUUUAUAGGAUGUUUGGACAGACACAAAACACAGAGGGACUGAUGAUGCAGAAGCCAAGGAAACCUCCUUAUCAUUGCCAACGCAAGUGGACAUGCAAAGAUUACCCUAAAUGUCCAAAGUGGCAUCAGACUACCCUGAGACUGACCAGCAUUGCGCUGGUUCUACUCGCUGCCACGGUGAUAGGACUAACAAUUCGGGUAAGUUACCUAAGCAUACAUUCCUUCAGUGACAACCACAGUGAGGUGUUUGGUAGUGAGAAUGGAACCAAAGAUUGCAAUUGUAUGAAUAUUCUUCCCAGGAAACAGCAGGACAAUACAAAAUCCACAACAAACUCUAGGCUAAAUUUAUGCCCCAAUGAUUGGGUACAGAAGAAAGGGAAAUGCUAUAACUUUUUCAAAACCUUUAAUUCAUGGAUCGAUAGCCAAAAGUCCUGUUCAAUAAUGAAAUCACAUCUUUUGAUGAUCCAAGACAAGGCUGAACUGGAUUUCAUACAGAGUAAUAUACAAGAUGGAAUUUACUUUUGGAUUGGAUUGAACAUUACACAUCCACAAAAGACAUGGACGUGGCUGGAUGGCACCCCAUUAAAUCGACAGUUAUUUCAAGUCAUGGGCCAGGUUGAAGAUAACGCCUGUGCUGUGAUAACAAAGGAGGGUGUUUUUUCUGAAAAAUGUCUCAUUCAGAGUUACUGGAUUUGUCAAGAUGUGAUUUCUUCGGACAAUGACCUCUGAAUUCAUCACAGGUCCCAAGUGAAAUACCAUUUGGAGGAAAAUGUUUCCUUGACCAUUCUCCACUCCAGACUGAGUUAUAAAGAUUUAAUAUAUAUUUUCAUAGCUCCCUGUACUUAUCUAAUCUUAAUAUUGAAUGCUAUUUUUGGGCCAUUGUUUGCUUAAUUAUUUGUAUUUCUUAAUGCACUGUAAGCUCUGUAAGGCCAAUAGUCUUCAUCAUUGUAUGGAACAAGGCGCCUGAUGGAUAAUGAAUGAUAAAUAAGUACUUGUUAUAUUGUUGAGUAUUGUUUGUAACACGUUCAAUUGUUUCCCCAGCACCACUUCCCCAGUGUUAGGUUUACAUGGGUUAAUAAAUAAAAUU